GCGUAGUAUGCGAAUGCACAAAGUGGGCGAUUAAGGUACCGCCGCCAUGGACACGUCCGACGAUCGCGAGUGCGAGAACGACGGGUCCAUCGGGAAGGACGGCUCAUUGGAGGUCAUUUGGAAGGACUCGCCUAUGGAGAAGAAGCUCCAGGCAAAUGGAACGUCCAAUCGACAUGCAAACCUAUCGGAGCUGCGCGGGUUCGUGCAUAGCUUGAUUUCGAGUCCGUCGCCGAACAAGAACCCUCCAAAGGCGAAAGCGAGUGCUCUGUUGGGUGAAGUAAGCAGUGGCAUAGAUAGCAAUGCCGCCGUCGUCAAAAACAAUAUCGCGCGCUUCAUUGUUUUCAGCCCAGACCGUGCCACGACAACUGGUCACCACGACGCGAUGGCGGCUGGUGCAACGACGGGUAGCUCAGCCGCCAAAACACCUCCGAUCCAUCGAAACAAGCGACGAAAAACAGGAGAAGAGCACGAGGAUCUGUUGUCGGUCUUGGAAAAGCUCGACGAAGAGUACUCGGACACGCCGGAAAAAGGCACGACUGCUGCGACGACCACGACGGGAUCAUUCGACGAUGAAGCGUUCGAAUCGCCCUUCUCGAAGGAAGCAUGGGAGGUCAUUGAGCAAAUCGAAAUCAAAGCAACCCAGCAAUCUAUGCAAAAGCGUCAGGAUUCUGCGCCGCAAGCAGCUCUGCCGGUGCAAACCAUAAGCCCAGUGGGCGACACACUGAAGCCACAACCUCCACCGCCAACAGUCGCGCAACAGCUAUCAGCCCAUCGCGCGCCCAUAGUCGUCACUCCACCCGUGGCUGCCCCUACAACCAGCACGCCAAUCGACUACUUGCGCUGCGUAGCAUUGGAGGUUCGAGUAGACGGCCGGCAAAAGGCUAUUCGCGCACUGGAUGACGCGACGGAAGCUACAAUUACAAUUGUCCUGCGAGACGACUGGUUUGACACACCGCUCCAAGUCGGGGACACAUUCCAUUUCAUCUUGACGAUGCCAGUGGUGGGACCACCGCCGACGCCGCUCGUGGCCGACAACCGAGCCCAUCGGAUCAUCCUGCACCCCGAUAUUCUGGUGUCUCCAACGACAGUGACGGCAAGCAUGAGUUGUUCGCGGCGGGCUGUACUCCAGCAGACCCUAACGAUGCAGCGCAACGCAGGGCCGGUCGGGCUCAUCGGCACUCUCAAGCACGAGCUCUUUCAGAAGGCGUUGGCUGCGAGGACGUACGCGAUUCCGUUCUUGAUCGAGCAGUCGCAAGAAGUGAUCAAAUCCAAUUUGCUCAAGCUCCUAGAGUACGGAGUGACGACCCAGCAAGCGGCGGAUGAGCUGAAAGCGUCCUACCAGUGUAUGUACAAGUGGCUGAAUCAAGUACACAAGAGCGGCAUUCGCGUCACAUCGGGCCCGCCGCUGUACCGGUUGCAUCACGUCCUGUCCAUCGAAGAGCCGCUAUGGUCACUCAAGUAUGGCCUGAAAGGCGCCGUGGACGCGUGCUUGGCCAUGCAACCAUUCGAUGGCCGCCGCGCCGACGCCACGACUCAAAUGAUGGCGUUCGAGCUCAAGACGGGCAAGCCGUCGCAUUCCACUGAGCACGUUGGUCAAGUCCUCCUGUAUACGCUGCUUUUGGACGAGCGAUACCAAGGGAACGCGCAAGGGUUACUGCUGUACUUGCAAGAUGUCGAGUCGACGGUCCUCCAGCAGCCAGUGGAAGCGCAUAUUCGCGGCCUCCUGCAUUCACGCAACGUCCACGCGGCGCACUUGUUCCAGGCGCAGUCCCGGCAGCUCAUGCCGCCGCUUCUGAAGAAAACGUGGGACUGCGAGAACUGCUUUGUCGCGACCGAGUGCAUGGUGCACCACGCGGCGAUCGAGCAAGGCAGCGCGGUGUCCAGCGGCGUCAGCGACGUGUUUGAAAAAGCUGCGGGCCACUUAACGGCGCGAGAACUGACCUACUUCAAAAAGUGGAUCCAGCUCUUGGAGUGGGAAGGUCGUUGCAACCGUCACCCGCUGUGGCUACGCCCGACGGGCGCAGACGACGGGCCUUCCACCGCCGCGGCGUCGUUCCUGACCAAGUUGAACGCCCAACUCCACACCCCCGACGUGCUCGAACUCAUCGUCGGGGACGUCGCCGGCAACUUUUUGCUGGCCGACCUCAAAGUGCAAGACCGCGUCGUUGUGUCCGUAAACUCUGGACCGUUUUCGAUCUUCCACGUCGCCAAGGCGGCCGUCGCAGUCGUCCAGCCAACGUGCCUGCGACUGGCGCUGUUUUCGCCGAUCCCAAGCAUGAUAGUCGAAGGCCAUUCGGUGGUCGGGUCGUCGUUUCACUACCGCGUCGACAAAGAUACAACGUACUCUGGCCUCGAAGCAGCGAAGCGCAACGUGCUGAGCCUCAUGGUGCAUCCCGACAUGGAGCCAAAGCGGAAGCUCAUUUGCCACCUGCACCCGCCGCGGUUUGAAGCCGUCUCGGUGGAGGCCCGCCUACGCCGUCGAUGCCUGGAACCGGGUGGCUGUCGCGCCGCGUGCGAGCGGUUAUUGCAAGAGUUUUAUUCGACCAUGAACUCGGACCAACAACGGGCGAUUGGCCAGAUUCUCAAUGCAAAAGACUAUGCGCUGGUCUUGGGCAUGCCUGGGACCGGCAAAACGACCGCGAUCGCGAUGGCCGUGCGAGUUCUCAUGUACCUUGGGCUAUCUGUACUUGUAACGAGCUACACGCACGCCGCUGUGGAUAACAUUCUGGUCAAGCUCCUCGACCAGAACGUUCCGAUUCUUCGCGUGGGGGGCACACCAGCGCUCGUCCACCCACAGGUCGUGCCGCAUCGACUCGAAUCGACAGCGUUCGAGUCGGCCGAGGCAAUGCGGGCCGCCAUGGUGGCCGCGCCGAUCGUCGGGUGUACAUGCUUGACGAGCCACCACGUGAUUUUCGCCCAUCGCAAAUUUGACGUGUGCAUUGUCGACGAAGCGUCCCAAAUCACGCAGCCUGUGCUCCUGGGCGUCCUCCAGCACGCGGCAGUGUUUUGUCUCGUCGGCGACCAUUAUCAGCUGCCGCCGCUAGUCGUGGAUUCGCAUGCAAAGCUCGGCGGCCUGGACUGGAGCCUGUUCAAGUGCCUUUCCGAAGCACACCCCCAAGCCAGCACCGUCCUGGGGUUUCAGUACAGAAUGAACCACCAAAUCAUGCUCGUGGCAAAUCGAUUGAUUUAUAACAACCAGCUCAAGCUCGGCCGGCGAAACGCAGCGUGCUCGGACGCGGUUCAUGGCGAUGAUCUGCCGACGGGCCCUCCACCCGUGCAUGGGACUGGGGCAGCCUCCAAGAUCCCGGCGUGGAUCGCACAAGUGCUGGAUGCGCGUCGCGGCGUCGUAUUUCUGAACACCGACCGCAUUGCCGCGGGCGCCGCGCCAGCUCAUGCCAGGUCGACCGGGCAAUCCAUGAUGGGACUCGAAGCUCGUGAAGGAAGCAGUCGUGGCCUGGUCAACUCCACGGAAGCCAGGCUCAUCAUGGGCUUGGCCGACAUGAUGCCACGGGCCGACGACAUUGCGAUCUUGAGUCCAUUUCGAUCGCAAGUGAACUACCUCAAGCAGGUGCUGGUCCGUCAUGAGGUAGGCAUGGCAGUCGUCCUCUAUGGACGGUGGGUAAAUGGAUGGCUGUGGUGGAUUGGCCCAUAGGUUUCGACCAUCGAUACGUACCAAGGCAAAGAUCGCUGCAUCGUAUUUGUCUCGUUCGUUCGAUCGAAUGGCGAUGGGAUCGUCGGCGAUCUGCUCCUGGACUGGCGUCGCAUCAACGUGGCGCUCACGCGCGCCAAGGAUAAACUCGUCCUCGUUGGGUCGCUCACCACGCUGCGCGCGUCGCCAGUCCUGCAUGCGCUGCUCGACCUCGUGGACCAAGAAAACUGGCGAAUCGACGUGCCGCCCGACUACACGGCGACCUUUCCGCCAUUGCCGUCGGUCGCAACGUCGUCACAGACGGCCAGGAGACGAGCUGGCGAGGUAAGGUCGUAUGUGGUGCAGCCUGCUACGACCGAUAUUGAGAACUUGGUCGGCGGCAUCGUCCGCGCGUCAAAACAUCCACCACGACCCAUGAGCCAUCGCGUCCACGUGUCCAGGAACAUAUUAGACGAGUGACAGUAACGAGUUUGUGCAGUGAUAAAGUCUUCAUGUCAUAUUGACGUCGCUGCAAGUUGGCUGGUAUUGGCAGAAGCCGAUGAAGAUGUCUCGACG